AUAAUAAAGCGCGCAGUUUAUCAGUUAAUAGUUUUCCAGUCUCUCUGAUAAGAUAAACAAUUUUUUUGUUUUGAUUUUAAAAUUAACUAAAUCACGAACAUGUCGAAGCCAAAGGUUCUGGUAGCUCGUGAUGACAUUCCGUCAGCUGGUCUAGAUCUUUUGCGGACAAAAUGUGAGCUGACAAUUAUUCCGGGUGCGAGUCCAACGAGAGAAGAAAUUCUUCGUGCUAUACCUGGACAUGACGCUCUUUUUUUAGUAGGCCACCAUAAUGUAAAUUCCGAGUUUCUGGACAUGGCUGGGUCAUCUCUGAAAGUUAUUUCGACGAUGUCAGCUGGAUACGAUCAUCUGGAUGUACCGGAAAUAAAACGUCGGGGUAUUAAAGUUGGGCAUACUCCGGUUGUUUUAAACGCAGCGGUAGCAGAAGUUGCUGUCAUGCUUUUAUUAAAUGCAGCACGACGUGCUCAUGAAGGCCGUUUAUUACUUGAAGCAGGCAAGACAGAGAAUAAACCCACGUGGUUACUGGGUCAAGACAUUCGUGGCUCUACGGUUGGAAUCGUCGGAUUAGGAAUGAUCGGUCUGGCGAUCGCUAAAAGACUGAUUCCAUUUGAAAUCGGACGAUUUUUAUACACCGGUCACUCGCCUAAAAAAAGGGGCGAUGAAAUAGGAGCCGAAUUUGUGUCACUGGACGAUCUUUUGGAGCGCAGUGACUUUGUGGUCGUCGCUGCUCCGCUGACAAUCGAGACCCGGGGGCUUUUUGACGACGCGGCGUUUGGCAAAAUGAAAAAAACUGCAGUAUUUGUUAACAUCGCUCGUGGUGCUAUUGUGAAAACUGAUGCUCUGGUAAAAGCUCUGAAGGAAAACAAAAUAUUUGCCGCUGGGCUGGAUGUCACUGACCCUGAGCCUCUGCCAACGGACCACGAGUUACUCAAACUUCCAAAUUUAGAAAUAGUUCCCCAUAUUGGCAGUGCUACUGUCAAAACUCGCAAUGACAUGGCAGUUGUUGCUGCUCAGAAUAUUAUCAAUGCUAUGGAAGGGAAACCUCUUGUCUAUCCGCUGUGAAGUUUUCUACAAUUUUCACAUAAUUAAUUAAUUAAUUAAUUUUUCAUCGUUUUGUUUCAUAAGUAUGAACUUAAAAAUAAAAUAAAAGGAACCAGGAACUGGACAA